AUGCUGUGGCAGCCAUUCCGCGCAGGCAGGUCUCGUUACCGCGGAGGGGCCCUCCCCAGACCCCUCCAGGUCUCACACCUAGGGAAAUGGACGCUCCAGCUAGCCAACAGCAAGCCUCCUCAGGUAGAGGAGCAUCCAGAAGGAGACACACUGGGACCGCCCCUCGCACUCCCCUCUGAGGACCCCUUCCGCUCUUCCCCGAGGCAGCCUUCUUCCGCCCUUCGACCCGCCCACCCACUUCCCUCAGUAAUAUGUCUGUUUUUAUUUGUACUACAGGGUAAGAACCUUUAUAAAGUUCGAUGGAAAGGAUAUACAUCUGAUGAUGAUACCUGGGAGCCUGAGGUUCAUCUGGAGGACUGUAAAGAAGUUCUUCUUGAAUUUAAGAAGAAACUUGCCGAGAACAAAGCUAAGGCAAUAAAGAAAGAUAUUCAGAGACUGACUUUAAACAGUGACAUAUUUGAGACACAAUGUGAUAGUGACCAGCAGAGUGACACAAAAGAAGACACUUCACCAAGGAAGAAAAAGAAAAAAAUAAAGUGCAAAGAAGAGAAAAGUCCAGAUGAUCUCAGGAAAAAAAAAACAAAACUGGGAAAACUAAAAGAUAAAUUCAAAUCAGAGCUGGAGAGCACCUCUGAAAACUUAGGUUUUGAUGUAAGGACAAAGAAAAGGAUUUUGGAAGUCAAGGAAGAAUUAAAGGACUCCAAAAAGCCCAAAAAGGAUGAAAUAAAGGAAUUAAAGAAAGCUAAACGGGCUGAAAUAAGAGAUUUAAAGUUUAAAAUAAGAGAGGAUGUCAAGGACAACCGGAAACCAAAGAAAGAACGGCACUUGGAAUCCACACUGGAGUCUGAGUCCCCUGGACCUGAUGAGUCCCUCCUUCCAGAGGAUGACGGGGAGGACUUCCUUUCUGACAACAGAGAAGAGACUCCAAAGAUAACAGCAGGACAGGAUACAGUGCAAGAGAGUAUUUUUGAGAAACAUCUGGAUAGCCUUGUAAGUACUGAAGAGGAUGCUGGUGCCAGAGUCAGAAAGAAGAAGAAAAAGCCAAGAAAGUUUGAGGAACCAAAAGAAACCAAGAAGCUAGAGAACACAGACACUUUUUCAGAAAGGAAAAUAACACCUAAAAAGCAAAGGUGUCAGGACAAGGGCCGAAGUAACCUUGAGUUAAUAAGUAAGUUAUCGUCACCUGUGUCUGCCCAGGCCCUGAAGAGUUCCAGCCUGAGCGGGGAAGAGAAGGGCCUAAAGGCCCCUGACUCGGCGGCGGAGGAGGAGAAAGAAACAAAAAAAAAUGAACCCAAAGAAAAAUACCAGAAAAGGUAUGAUUUGGACAAAGAAGAAAAAUGCCGAAAAGAGCCAAAGGGAUUAAAAUCACUUAAGGAAAUCAGAAGUGCAUUUGAUUUAUUUAAAAAAACAGAAGACAAAAGUGAUGUUCUUGAGAAUAAUUGGAAAAGAGAAGAAAUCCCAGUGGAUUAUAAAACUACAGAUGAUCACAAAACCAAGGACAAGUGUUCACUUAAAGAAAGAAACACUAGAGAUGAGACGGACACUUGGGCAUACAUCGCUGCAGAAGGCGAUCAGGAAGUUUCAGACAGUGGAUGCCAAACAGAUGAGAAUUCUGAUGGCAGGCAACAGAUUUUGAGUUUGGGUAUGGACCUGCAGUUGGAGUGGAUGAAAUUAGAAGAUUUUCAAAAGCAUCUUGAUGGGGAAGAUGAGACCUUUACCACAACAAAUACGAUUCCAAGUAAUUUGUUGAGGGAUGCUGUGAAAAAUGGAGAUUAUAUUGCUGUGAAGGUUGCACUGAACUCAAAUGAAGAAUACAACUUAGAUCAAGAGGAUUCUAGUGGGAUGACGCUGGUGAUGCUGGCUGCAGCCGGAGGGCAAGAUGACCUGCUGAGACUCCUUAUCACCAAAGGUGCAAAAGUGAAUGGGCGCCAGAAAAACGGGACCACAGCCCUCAUCCAUGCCGCUGAAAAGAAUUUUUUGACCACUGUGGCUAUUCUUUUGGAAGCUGGAGCUUUUGUAAAUGUCCAGCAGAGCAAUGGUGAGACUGCACUCAUGAAGGCAUGUAAAAGAGGAAAUUCGGACAUUGUGCGCCUUGUGAUUGAAUGUGGAGCUGACUGCAAUAUUUUGUCAAAGCACCAAAAUAGUGCAUUGUACUUUGCAAAACAGUGUAACAAUGUGCUUGUGUACGAACUGCUGAAGAGCCAUUUGGAAACACUUUCAAGAGUUGCAGAAGAAACAAUAAGGGAUUACUUUGAAUCUCGCCUUGUUCUUUUGGAACCUGUUUUCCCAAUAGCCUGUCAUCGGCUCUGCGAGGGACCAGACUUCUCAACAGAUUUCAAUUACAAGCCCCCUCAGAACAUACCAGAAGGCUCUGGUGUCCUGCUCUUUAUUUUCCAUGCAAACUUCUUGGGUAAAGAAGUUAUUGCUCGGCUCUGUGGACCAUGCAGUGUACAAGCUGUAGUUUUAAAUGAUAAAUUUCAACUUCCUGUUUUUCUGGAUAGUCACUUUGUUUACUCAUUCAGCCCUGUGGCCGGCCCUAAUAAAUUGUUUAUAAGGUUGACGGAAGCACCCUUUGCCAAGGUUAAGUUGCUAAUAGGUGCAUACAGAGUGCAGCUGCAUUGACCACAGGACUGCAACUGUGUAGCAGUUUGGAAUUCUGGUGUACCUGAAAUGUUCAGAUGUAGUUUUCCCUGUAAACUUGCAAUUUAAACCUGUUGCCUGGUAAGGUACAACAGGGGCUUCACCAUACAUACUCUACAUGUGUUUGUGCCAUUGUUCAAAAUGUUCAAUGUUCUGCAUAGUUUUAUUUCCACAAUGUGGAACAGUACAUAUGAGAACUAUUUAAUUAAAAACUUUUGAACUUGAAA